AUUUUGAGCACAUGACUGGUGGUACUCCAGUAAGCCACAACAGAAACGUUUGUAGUGUUGUCGGGCUAAUUUUUGCCUAGCUAGUGUUUUUUCUGUCUUUGGCUGUACAUAGUUGUUUUUAAAAUGAAGCUGCAGUGUUUAGUCGUUGCUCUGUGCUUCGGCCUGGGUGUAAUGGCUGGGAAAUACUCUCGUGAAUUUAACGAGCCCAAGCCGAGCGGCAGUGAUGGACAGUCGGUGGAGUUCAGGAUAGCUAAAUUGAGCCAGGUGUGGGAGAAGGCUAAACGGAUGCAGUUGUCCCCAGUGCGGCAGGCUGAGCUGCACAGUGACCUGAAGAUCCAGGAGAAAGAUGAGCUCCAGUGGAAGAAGCUGAAAGUGGAGGGGCUGGAUGAGAACGGGGAGAAAGAAGCCCAACUCAGACGUAACUUCAAUGUGAUCCUGGCCAAGUAUGGAAUGGAUGGCAAAAGAGACACUCGAUCACUGGAGAGCAACUCCCUGAAGGACCACGACACCAAAGAGGGAGACAUAUUUGAUGAUCCCAGGCUGGACAAACUGUGGAACAAGGCCAAGAGCUCGGGGAAGUUCUCCAACGAAGAGUUGCUGAGUCUGAAGAGGGAGUUCCAGCAUCACAAGGACAAGAUCCACGAAUACACCAUCCUCAUGGAUACCGUCAGCAGGACGGAGGAAAUACACAAGAAUGUGAUCUCUCCCCUGGAGGGUGAUGCCAAAGAGCCUGUGCUGCACCAGAAGCACACGGACCUGAAGCAGAAAAUGAGAGACCUCAACCAGGGCUUUGAGCGCCUCCGUAAGCUCAGCCAUGAGGGCUUCACUGAAGACAGUGAGUUUCGGGAGCCCCGUGUGAUUGAACUGUGGGAGGCUGCCAAGAGAGCCAACCUGAGUGAAGACGAGCUGGACUCUCUCAAGGAGGAGCUGCGUCACUUUGAGACCAAGGUAGAGAAGCACAGCCAUUACCAGGAGCAGCUGGAGCUUUCCCACCAGAAGUUGCUACACGUGGAGUCUUUAGGAGACAAAGAGCACAUCAAGAGGAACCAGGAAAAGUACAACACGCUAGCUGAGAAGACCAGGGAGAUGGGUUACAAGAUGAAGAAACAUAUGCAGGACUUGUCCAACAAGAUCUCUCGUGAGGGACUCGAGCACAAUGAGCUCUGACUCGGAUCAUGAAGGUUAAAUGUACUUCCCUCUACAACCACACACAACGUACGUUACGUGCCCCCGUUCCCCUUUAACUACUGAGAAACAAGUUUUCUACUUUUCUAGUGUUAGUAGUAGUUGAUUUUCCUAGAAAUUGCUAAAUGAAUGGUUUGUAUAGAAUAUGAGAGAGAAUAUUAAUCAGCUGGAAUUAUUGGGGUAACAAACUGGUCAGCUGAUAAGUCACAGUACAGAUAAAAUAAUGAUGGAAUAGUUUACAUAAUAGUCUGGUACUACAUUUAUUUGUACAACUAAUGGCAAGCAGGAGUAUAGAAAUGUCUGGCUAAAAACAUGGCAGUACUCCAAGAAAGCCACAUUUUGUGGGGGUGUUUGGUGAGGGAUAGACGGCAGCAGUUGACUCACUCAUAACCAGAUGUAGUUCAGCUGCUGAGGCACGGUUUCUGGGGAACAGCCAGCCGACUUCAUCUUGUAGGACUAUUACUGACCAGACAAUUUGUCCACACCCAUCCAUCAUUAGUUGUGCAAGUAAUCAGGCUGCUACUAUUGUAGUAACUCUUACCGUGGUCUGUUGAAAUUUUGCAUUUUGGUCUAAUCAAUGUAAAAUGAAGAGGGCUUUGCAGAUUCAGGUAGGAAGCACAGAAACGGCAAUCUUUAAUAAGUACGAUACAUGUGCCAACAACAUACAAACAGUAAUAUUUUAAAAAUAUAGUUUAAUAUGAUUCUUAGUCUUGCCAUAAAUAAAAGCAGUUACUAUUUACAAAUCCUGUAGAGGAAAGCUGUCCCUGUAGUGACAUUAAAGGGAUAGUUCGGAUCAUUUGAAGUGGGAUUGUAUAAGGGAUUAUGACAGCAACGGCGAAAUGCUGUUCACUGUGGAGAAAACCUUUAUUAGCCAGAGUAUACAGAACAACUUUUGCAGAGGGAGACAGAUAUAUGGACAUUCUACUUACAAUGUUGUACCAGUGCGUGAAAAUAUUCUAAAUAUAGCGUACACUUAACUAAUGAUUGAACCCCACUUCAGAACCUCUAAACUAUACCUUUUAACAUUUUUAGUUAAGUUUUUCUAACUCUCUCCUACUCAGACACACCGGUGGGGAACUGCCACCAUAAAAAUAAAUUGGCGCCAAAUGUU